AUGGCCUCCCAGCCGCCAACCCAGGCCCUCGCGCAGCACCUCGUGUCCCAGACGCUUGCCAGCGUCGCCCUCAUGGAGAGCCUCCAGCUCAUCAACGCCGCUGACGCCGCGGCCAUUCGCCAGCACCUGCCCAACGCCUACGACACCUUCCCCCAGCUCAGCGCCGGUGCCACCCCUGUGGCCCCGGCCGCCAACAUGACCCACAACGCAUAUGGCGCCCCCGGUGGUCUCGCCGGAUCGAUGCAGAACCUCUCCAUCGGCGGAGGCGGAGCCGGCUACCAGCCCCCAGCUCCCGGAGGCUACCAGGUGCAGCAGACGCCCGUCCCCGUCGCCGCUGCUGCUACCGUCGCUGCUCCCGUCCGCGCCACCCCGCCGCUCCCUGCGCGCCAUGGCGCCGGCAGCAACGAGGUCCACGCCCGCGCCCUCUGGGACUACAACGGCACCGAGGCCGACGACCUUCACUUCCGCCAGGGCGACGUCAUCGUCAUUGACGACGAGGUCAACGAGCAGUGGUACCGCGGCCGUGUCAUUCCAGGCGGUAACGGCGUGCCCCUCGAGAAGGGUGGUCUCUUCCCCAGCAACUAUGUCGAGAAGCUUGCCCCCGGUGCCCCCGGUGCUCCUGGUGCUCCCGGUGCUACUGAGACCCGCCUCGUUGCCCCUGUGUACCAGCCCACCGACGCCGGCUCCGCGUCCGCCUACUUUCAAGCCCCUGCCGCCGCAUACACAAUCACCCCUCCCCAGCACCAGCAAGGCAACACAACGGUUGUGGUGCAGCAAGGAGAUGAUCCAAACAAGAAGGGCAAGAUGGGCGCUCUUGGCGGCAAACUCGGCAACGCCGCCGUCACUGGUGCAGGCUUUGGUUUUGGUUCCGCUAUUGCGUCCAACAUCGUCAACAGCAUCUUGUAA